AAUUAAGAGAGAGAGAAAUAUUUCCCCUAAUUUUAGAGAGAAGGGAAUUUAAAGCUUUGUAGACGAAGACAUUCCUCAUCACAUCUUCAACUGUUUUAAAGAUUUCUUUCAUUUUUUAAUUUUCAGAUCAUUCAAACGGUCAGAAAUAUUGAUACAAAGUCUUAAGAAUACCUGUAUUUUUGGAAAAAAAAAAUUGGACAGAUAUAAUUUGUUCAAUUGCAUCUGUAAAGCUUUCUGAAUUUAGAUUAGGGUGAGAGUCGAGAGGGAAAUUCGAAGAGAGCAUGUUGAGAUUGUUGCAAUUUGGUCUUUAAAUUUAGAUUCUAAGAGUUGAUGUCAGGGUCUGUCGACGAUCGAUUGGCAGCGAAAAGGAAGGAACAAACUACAAAGUGUGGAGGAGCUCUGCAAUGCAACGGAAUUAAUUUAUCAAAUAGAGGUCACAACAGUUUUGAGAGUAAGUUUCUGCAUGCAAGGACCAGUAGAGGAAGCAGAUCUUGAUGUCCAGAAGAAUAUGGUGAGAUAAAAUGGUAACAGCUCAGGCUGAAAGAAAGUUUGGCAAGCGCUCCAUGAGUCUAAAAAAUCAUAUGAGAACAGAAUCUGGAACUUGUAACGUCUGUUCCGCUCCUUGUUCAUCUUGUAUGCACCGCAACAUAGCUAUCAUGGGAUCAAAGAUUGAUGAAUUCUCUGAUGAAACAUGUCGCGAAACAACAGCAAGUCAUUUUUCUGACAAUGACAAUGUUGGCUCUAAAGGUAGACAAUGUGGCAGCCUUCAACAUGCUGCCAGUGAAGCAAGUAACUUGCUCAGUGCCAAUUCAAGUCAUGAUUCUUUCUCAGUGAAUGCUGAAAGCAAAGCAACCGUUAGGUCUUGUGAUGUAUCUGUUACUUCAGAAGAUUUUGAUGCACAUCCAAAGUUGUCCUCUGGUAUAUCUGGUGCAGAGGAUCAUCUAUCUCUGAAACCUGAGUGCGUUUUGGAUCAGAGAAUCUCCUCUCCUAAGUAUGAUGAUACCAAAGGUGUGGAAGGACAUGAUGAUAAUAUGUCAAGUGUUAGUAGAGCCAAUGAUGCCAAUACAGCAGUCAUUCACGAUGACGGAUAUGUAGACAUUAAGAAUUUAUCUCAUGGUCCAGAUUUAGAUUGUAGUUUAGGUCCUGAAGCAUCUGCAAAGACACCAUUUUCCCAGAAAUUAAGCUCAGAUUUUGAUUCAGAAAAAAAGGCUGAUACUGGUUGUGCUUCUCCGAAGGUUCAAAGUCCAUUUUCUCAUUCUCAUGGUGAUAAGUUGCUUAUUGGAGGCUUUCCUGAAUACUCAACAAAAAUAUCUCUAAAGUCAGAAGCUGAAGUUGAGAACGAUAGUGGGGAACCUCCUGAUAAAGCGUUUAAAAUUUCAGGGCAUGAUGAACAUCAUUUGAAGUUUAAUGAUUACAUGCAGCCUCCUCUACAAGCAUUGUCUGGGAAUGAGAGUGAAGAGUCAGACCUUAUAGAACAAGAUGUAAAAGUAUGUGAUAUCUGUGGGGAUGCAGGACGAGAAGAUUUGCUUGCUAUUUGUAGUAAAUGCAGUGAUGGGGCAGAGCACACCUAUUGCAUGAAAGAAAUGCUUCAAAAACUUCCUGAAGGUGAAUGGCUAUGUGAAGAAUGCACAUUUGCAGAGGAAACUGAAAACCAGAAGCAAGUUUUAGAUAUGGAAGGUAAAAGAACAAACAAAAUAGCUACACAAAGCUUUGGUAAGAGACAAGCUGAAAAUCUAGAGCCUGCUGUGACAGCUAAAAGGCUGGCUGUUGAAACAAGUCUAGGACCAGCAAAAUCAUCCAACCCUACCAGAACAGCUGCUUUAUCACGGGAUAGUUCAUUCAAAAGCAUAGAUAAGGGGAAAAUAAAGCCAGCAUCUUUUGUUAAUGUUUCCAGCAAUGAUAUCUCAGAGACUGCGCGUUCUCCUACAGGUCCACUGCUUCAGACACCCAAGGGUACCUUAUUAAAAUCCAAUUCAUUCAGCACCUUGAAUUCCAAGCCAAAAGUGAAAGUUGUUGCUGAAGUUGUUCCUCAAAAACAGAAAGGGAGCAGAGAGCAACCAGCUCUUGAUAUGAAAGAAGGAUUUUCUAGAGCCAUGAUCAAAUCGCAGUCAUUUAAAUCUACAAAUUUUGGCCGUACAAGUACUAGUGAAUCAAAAUUUAGAGCCCUUUCACCUCGAUUGUCUCAGGAACUUAAAGGACUAAAACAAGUGAAAGAGCGUAAUGUAUUUGACAAGAAAAAUAUGUUGAAGUUGGAGAAAUCUCAUACUGGUUUGGCGACUGCUAGUGCUGCUGUCCCAACACCCAAGGUUGGUCAAAAGCUCAUAUCUCAUGGUGAAUCGGUGCCUCUUUCCUCUGCAGGCAACAACCGUGAGUCAAAGAUUGUGAAAUCUGAAGGAAAAGUAAGUAUGUUGUCAAAGUCAAACAGCAAUCUAGCACGUAGAGGUGCAGAAGUUCCUGCUUCUCCAGUCGGGGCUUCAUCUAUGAAUGGAAUAUCCAGUUCUGCUGAACAGAAGCCAAACCUUAUUAUCCCCAAGGAUGAGCCUGCAUCCAGUUCUUCUUGGACUGCCGAUAGGCCAUCAAAUAAUGUUGAAGAAAUUCUGCAAGAUGGUCUACCUCGAUCAUUGGAAUCAACAACUCAGGGUGAAAGUGUUAGUCUUACAGGGCCUACUCUUACUACUGGUUCAAAAGGCGUCACAUGUCAAAAGUGCAAAGAAAUGGGUCAUAAUUUGGAAAGUUGUCCACAGGUUUCUGGCAUUGAUGUACCUGCUAGAAAAAAUCCUAGGGAGGGGAUGAUCAAAGGUAACAAGUUGAAAGCUGCCAUUGAGGCUGCCAUGCAUAAGCUGCCUGUAUCAUAUGGAAGGAAUAGAGUGACUGAUCAAUCAGAUGGGUUGUGCAUGGCAAGUGUGGAUUUGGAUUGUGAAAGAGCUUCUCAAGAGCAAUCAUCAGUUUCAAAUAAGAUGAAGAAUAUGAUUUCUUUAGAAGAAACACGUGAAGCACAAAUCAAUAUCCAAAACUGUUCCUCUGACUUUUACAAACAAUCAACUAUCAAUCAUACCAAACAGUUUGGUGCCAAUUCCUCUGAUUUGAUAGUUGGGGAUCCAAGUUCUACUGCUUCUCUUGGAAAGGCUUCAAUGAGGGACUUGUCUGGUCAUGCUUUGGCAGCAUCGUCUAUUCUCUUAAAUGUGUCAGCCAUCCCAGAGCGUGAAUACAUUUGGCAGGGGGGAUUUGAGGUACAUAGGGGGGGAAAAGUUUCAGAUUUAUGUGGUGGAAUUCAAGCACACCUAUCAUCUUACGCGUCACCUAAAGUUCUUGAAAUGGUGAACAAAUUUCCCCAGAAAAUUCAAUUGCACGAAGAACCUCGCUUGAGCACAUGGCCAGCGAAGUUUCAUGAAAGUGGUGCAAAAGAAGAUAAUAUUGCUCUUUACUUCUUUGCCAAGGAUCAUGAGAGCUAUGAGAGAAACUAUAAGUGUCUGGUGGAUAGCAUGAUGAAGAAUGAUUUAGCUCUGAAGGGAGACCUAGAUGGUGUUGAACUCCUGAUUUUCCCAUCUAGCCAGCUUCCUGAGAACUGUCAGCGCUGGAAUUUGCUAUUUUUCCUUUGGGGUGUAUUCAGGGCAAGGAAAGUGGGUUGCUCCGAUGCCUCAAAAAAUUCAAGUACUAUCAGUGGCUUGAAUAUGGUUCCCCUGGAGAGAGAUGUCCCCUCUGAUGUCAGAUCUUUGUCUCAGAACCCAUGUCUACCGGAACAUGUAGAUAAAGAUAAAGAUUCACCUGCUUCUGAUAGUUCUCAUGACUUAGCCCCAGCAUUCAGUUGUCCCUACAUGACAGGUGUUGCAGUAAAUGGGGAAUGCAAUAACAAGGUAUCUUGUGAUGAACAGACAUCUUUGGGUUCACAAGCCCAGUCUCAGCAACGGGAUGGACUUGACUUUGGAUUUACGUCAAGGACUGCAAUGGCUACUCAAUUGUCCCAGGAAAUGAGAUGCACCACCCCUCCUCUGGAAGAACUGCCAGUGUGCGGGCAGGGCUCAGAGCUCAAACGAUCUCUUGAAGAAAUUAAAACUUAUAUCAGUUCGAACAAAGUUGAGAAGACAGAAAUGCAUGGAGGUGCUCCAUUUUUUGGAGAAGAGAGUUCAAAAUUAAAAAUUCUCCCUGUAGGUGAUGAGGUGACAGUUGUUUCUGAGAAGAUGCCAGGUUUAAUGAUAGGGGGCAGAAAUCAAGUUGACCUUGAAAGGAGCUUGAAAGAUGAUGAUGGGUAUAUAGACCCGGAAACUGCAUUGGGUAGAAACCUGAACUUCAAAGUGCUCAACUGUCAGCAGUCUAGUCACCAUAAACGUCCACACUUAGAUCUAAGAGAGACUCUGUCAGAAAAUUCAUACACAAGUCAAAAAAUGACUUGGAAAGAAGCAUUUGGAGAUGGAGAAAGUACUAGUAAGAAGCCAAAGAUAUGUUUUAGUGGAACUUAUGGAUCUAGUUCCAGAGAUAGAGAUUCUUUUAGUGAUGGAUUUUCAUCACACAGAGAUGAUCUGCAUCCCAGUUCGUCAGUUGAAGAUAAGAGAUGUGAUGUUCUAUGUGACGAAAAAGUUAUUCCUGAGGACUUGGGAACUACAGAGAGGUACUUCUUUCCUGUGGAUCCUCAUGUAAAAGAUUUUCGGUUGGGCUCUAACCACAUGACAUGGAAAGAACGCACAUCAAAGGAUGAGGAUCAAUUUCAUGAUGGGUUUCCAAAUCUUGAGCUUGCUUUAGGGGCAGAGAAGAAACCACCAAAUAAGCGAAUGCUUCCUUUCUUUGUUGGAUCAGUAGACAAAAAUAAUAACCAGGACAACCCUCGGGAUAAGUUGGCUGAUACGGGAAAGGAGGAGGAUGUGUCUGCAUCUCUUUCCCUUUCCCUUUCAUUCCCAUUUCCGGACAAGGAACCACAAACUGUCAAACCUGUUGUGAAAACAGAGCAGCUUCUGCAUGAAAGGCGUCGUGUCGAUACAUCACUAUUCCUCUUUGGGGGAUUAUUGGACAAAUAGACCAACAAUGAAAUCUCACAGUUUGUACAUUAUAGUGCCCCAUCGGGGUUAUGGGAUUAUGAGUGUCAAUGUAUAUCAUGAUCAUGUGCAUUGAUCUUCAUGAGCUUUAUAGGAGACCUACUUUUCCAUCUGUUAAUAACCCACACAAGACUUCUAAUAAUUUUUCUUACCAUUUUCCUUUUAGAUUUCCUGGUUUUUUGAGUGCAUAGUUAAAGACUGUUUGUAUAUAAAGAGAAUCAAAGCCAAACAAAGUUUCAAAUGCCACAAGAAAUUUGCAGACCAA